AGCAGGAAGGAAGAUCUGCCUGCCUCAGCAGACAGGGGAGGGAAUGGGCGUGGCUUGACUCUUAAAGAGACAGGACAGAUCGUUACAGAGGCUACAGUGAUAUUUACUAGUGAUUAAAAUAGUUCUGUAUAUAAAGGUGAGUAAAACUUAUUUAGUCAACAUAUUUUGUAUCAGGAGUGGUUCCCACAUCUUAAAGUUUUUAAUUUUUUUCUAAUCAUUCUUGCUUAAGAAAAGUCAGUUAAGGCCCGGCGGUGGUGGCACACGUCUUUAAUCCCAGCACUUGGGAGGCAGAGGCAGGCGGAUCUCUGUGAGUUUGAGGUCUACAAGAGCUAGUUCCAGGACAGUCUCCAAAGCUACAGAGAAGCCCUGUCUCAAAAAACCUGUGUUUAUUUCUUAUUCGCACCUAAAUUCAUAAAAAUGUCAGUCAAAGGAAUGUGGACAUAGACAAGGGGGCGUGAGGGGACACCAGAUCCUAAGACUGGAGAAAUGAAAUCAUAGAAAUUUUAGGGGGAAAAGGAAAGUUAAAGGAAACUAGCAAAGCUGUCUCAAUGGGGCACGUAUGCUCAGAACUAUAGUUUAUCCCUCCCGAAUGCUGAUUCAUUAAGUAGUUAACUCUCUUACACUGCUUUGUCAUACUGUGCUUAACCCCAUUAAUGGCCACUUAGCUUCUUCAGCCCUUUGACUGUUACUAAGCAGCACUCCUUGCUUGCAUCAGUCUUAUGGACAUAUUUUUGUGAUUUUGUUUUUUGUAUAGAAUUCCUCAAAAUGAGGCAAAGUGGUCCCUUUUGUAGGUGUUGACCCAUGCUGUCAGAUAGUUUUCCAGAUGUGUGGAAUUUCCAGUUGCACUGCAUCCUAACCAGCAUUGCCUUUACCUUAAUUACGAUGAUCUGUCUGGGGAAAGACAUUGAGUACUUGUGUUGGGUCUUCGCAUCACACAAAGAUGGGUACAGACCACCAAAGUCUAUUAAACCAAUAGGAAUCUUUAUUUUAGAAAAAGAAAAAAAUUCUCCACAGGGCACAAAAAGCUUAUCAGCUCUCUGUGACUGAGACCACAGUCAGAGAUGGCCUUCUAUAGCUGUGGCCAUGGCUGUUUACAAACUCACUUUUUUAUAGCAAGAAGCACGUGAGAAUUUUUACAAUCUUGAGAUAAAACUCAAGAUACAAAUUGCCUUUUUUCCCCCUUCUCAUUAACAGGGUUUUCCAGUUAAACUAGUGUUUGUAUUUAGCCCAUUGUUUUCUUUUGGCACUUGCUGACGGUGUUUACCAAAGCUCCACACUUCCCCUGAUACUGCCAGUUUUGAGUAGCAGGGAAGGGUAUGGGACAACGCACAACCAAAAAGUCAGUACAUCCCAUCCUUUACAGGUUAAGUCAGCUCACAUCAGCUGCUGGUCGUGAGUGACCUGGGUGUGUGAGGGUCAUCUAAAAGCUGACCCUCUGUUUGCAGAGGGCUGCUUCAGUCUUGCAGACAGAGCUAUGGGUUUAAGGCAAAGUAACCCACUGUUAAUAGUAAUCCAAAAGCUGCCAACAGUCUGCUCUCAUUCUCCUAGGCUUACAACUUUAUAUUUCUUUAUUUCUGCAUUCCUAUUUCUGGAACCUACAUUUCUAUAUUCUUAUUCUUGGACUCUUUACUUGCACUAAGUCUAAAACUUAGCUGGCUACCUAACCGGUGUCCACUUGAGAAAAAGACUAUGGGUGGGGAAAUGAGCAUGCUUCCUCUGCAAGCCUGAGGAUCUAGGUUCAAAUCCCAGCACCCACAUCAGGCGUGUCCAGAGUGAGACCCACAGUUCCGGGCCAACAUGGAGAACAAAGGCCAAGCAGCUGGCUGUCCAGAAGAGGGACCAUGGAGCAGCCACUUGGGGCUGCCCUGUGAGGAGACCUAGAGAAAGCAUGGUGGCUAGCCCACUACUGGUGUAAGUGGCCCUCUGGAGACAGACACUCAGCACUAGAGCAGUUUCCUCCAUUCUGGGUGUCUGUGACUUUGGACUGCAUGCUCUAUUGUGGGGACUGGAUUUUCAGCAGCGUUCUUGGCCCUUAGUCACUGUGUGCCAGGAGCUCUCAGUUCUACCAGUGAAAACCAGUUCCAGUUAUUGUUCUGUGUCUUUCGGUGACAAAAUCCCCUCCAGUUGGAAAGCAGCCUCCGCUGGGGGAUUUCACAGCCUGAGCAGCACAGAGGGGAAGACAUGUCCACCACGGAGAGCCUGCAGGGGAAACUUCCAGCUGCCACUCUCCAACCACUUCCACCAGGAACUCAGCACGGCCUCCCCUGACAGAAGAGAAGCAUUUCAGAGCCCAGGUGAUGGACUCAGAAGUUCAGGAAGAAAUCCCUGUGCGUGAGGAAUUCUUUUUCUGUGGUGGAGUUGAAACCCAGAUUAUAAAAUGUGGGCCCUGGACUAAUCUUUUUGAUGAACAGAGUGUCACCAGGCCGAAACUGCUUAUCUUCGUUAUUCCAGGUAACCCAGGCUUUUCCCCCUUUUACCUGCCGUUUGCGAAGAGCUUGUACUCUCUGACGAAAGGCCGCUUCCCGGUGUGGAUGAUCUCUCAUGCUGGGUUUGCCUUGGCUCCCAAAGAUAAGAAGAUUCUAGCAGCACCAGAGGAGUCAAAUGCUCAAGAAAUUGAGGACAUCUAUGGUCUGACUGGUCAAAUACAGCACAAAAUAGCUUUCCUGAGAGCUCACGUGCCCAGGGAUGUGAAGCUCAUCCUCAUCGGCCACUCCAUAGGCAGCUAUAUUGUUCUUCAGGUCAUGAAGGAUGCCCCUGAGCUCCCCGUCAUCCACUCCUUUCUGUUGUUCCCCACUAUUGAGCGGAUGGCUGAGACGCCCAACGGCAGAAUUGCCACUCCGCUUCUGUGCUGGUUUCGAUAUGUGCUCUAUGCUACCGGCUACUUAGUACUUAAACCAUGUCCAGAAAUAAUAAAGUCCUUCCUAAUCAAAAAAGCCCUUGAAAAACUGAGCUUCACCUGUGAAAUUCCGUUGGAGAACCUUCUUCAGCCAUUCUGCCUGGCGAAUGCUGCCUACCUCGGGAGCCAAGAAAUGAUCCAAGUGAGAAAGAGAGAUGAUGAAGCCAUUAAGGAACUUUUACCUAAGCUCACGUUUUACUACGGUAAAACAGAUGGCUGGUGUCCAGUGAAGUAUUAUGAAGACAUGAAGAAAGACUUCCCAGGCGGGGAUAUUCGACUCUGUGAGAAAGGAAUAUCUCAUGCUUUUGUCCUCGGUUUCAGCCAAGAGGUGGCUGCCAUAGUUGCUGACUGGAUGAAUAAUAAACUGCCCAAAAUAUAAACACUGGCUCAGGGAAAACGCACCUACAUUGAAUACAUAGAAGCCGUAGGUGUGCCCUGCUUAGCGGUCAUGUUUAAUCUAAAUGCUUGAAAAGGACAUUGAGACCCUCGGCUACAGACAACCAGCGCUCAGCUCCCUGUGCUAAGACUGGAGUGAGCACAGUUGAUGACUCAUUCCACAGGUUCCCCG